GCCCGCGGCGUUGGGGUGUGUUGAUUUUUUUCGAGGGAAACGGCUCCUGUAGGUUGCCAGGGUUGAUACCGUGACGUUGCCCCGACCUGCGGCCCUCUGCUGUUUCCCUACACGUAGGUAGCCAUCGCUUCGAUAGUGUCGCGGGUGUAACGGGAGUGAAAAGCCGGCAUCACUCGCGCACAUCGAGGAAAGGAAACCAUCGUCACUGUAGAGAGUGGUCGCGGUUCUUGUUGGUCAGACGCCGGCGGAGCAAGUUUGUGAAGAAGGAGGGUUCGAUAACGCAGAGGCCUACGUGCGGCGGCGGUCUGUUAGGUCAAUUUAUGCUGUUACAGGUGUUCCAAGGGGGUGAAUAGCGUAUACGCAAUUGCUGCCAUAUCUGUCGUACAAAAUCUGUUGGAGUCGUCUUCCGCAGCGGAGCUCCUUCCGUUGGCACAUAAGUCGCGCCUCGUUUGGCUGUGGAGUGAUUAGAGUCCUGUUGGGGGGAAUAGGUGCUGUGAGAGCGGCAGUUAUGGCGGCGGCGGAAGUCUCCGGGGCUUCUGCGAUUGAGAAGCUGUACGAGUACGGCGACAUUUUGCAACGGGCUGAUGACAAGUCCAAGCACGAGGCAGAGUACUUGGGCAUCAUCGCUGGUGCGAAGGGCGACAACAAGGCAAAGCAGUUGUCAGCGCAGCUUAUCCCGAAGUACUUGAAGUUUUACGAAGGGCUGUCGUCCGAGGCGAUCAAUGCACAGCUGGACCUUUGCGAGGAGGAAGAAGUUGGGGUACGAGUGCAAGCCAUUAGAGGGUUGCCGAUGUUAUGCAAGGACACGCCACAGCACUUGGAGAAAAUCGCUGAUGUUUUAGGUCAGCUUCUGCUCGCGGAGGAUAAGAUGGAACAGGAUUCCGUAAAGAAGGCGCUGAUGACUGUCCUGCGGCAGGAUGUGAAACGUACGCUGCAAGCGUUGUUCGCACACAUCGAGAAGGGAGAGGAGAACGUGAGAGAGAGGGUUCUGCAGUUUGUGAAAGACAAGGUUUUUCCGGCGAAAACGGAGCUCCUGAAGCCCGAGGAAGAGAUGGAACGGUUCGUGACGGAUCUCAUUAAGAAGAGCUUGGAAGACGUCACGGGGGCCGAAUUCAAGAUGUUCAUGGACUUCCUGAUGUCGCUGAACAUGUUCGGCAAGGGUGCGGCUAAGGAGAACGUGCAGGAGCUGCUAGAUGUGGUCGAGAAGCAGGCUGAUCUAUCCUCGCCCUUCUCUCCGUCUGACUCGGACAGCAUCGAUAAGCUGCUCGACUGUCUGCAAGCCUCUAUCCCGCUGUAUUCGAAGGGCGCUUCCAAUUCCAAGUUCGUGAAUUACGUGAACAAGCAAGUUAUUCCGCAGCUGGAUAAGGUAGCGGUUGACAAGAAGACGAGUUUGAUGAAGGCGCUAGCGGAGACGGCGCCGUUCACGAGCGCUCAAGAUUGCCGUACGAUUCUUCCCAGCGUUGUCGGCCUUUUGAAGAAGGAGAUGCCAUCGAAGAAGACGACUGACGAAUUGAACUUCUCUCACAUCGAGUGCCUGCUGUAUACCUUCCACAAGCUCGCGAGUAAGACGCCGAACACGACAAAUGCACUCUGUGGGUUUAAGAUCGUUACGGGUCAGCCGUCCGAUAGGCUUGGCGAGGACUUCAGCGAGCAGAACAAGGAUUUGACGGAGAGAUUAACGGUGGUCGAGGAUAUGGCUAAGGCAAAGAACAAGAAGGUGACUCAGGAGGUGGCGGAAAACAAGCAGGCGCUGACAGCCGCGAAGGAAGAGCCUGCCAAGGCCGAGCUGAAGGUCAAGAUUGCCACCGAAGCAGCAUUGCUCAAGACGUGUAACAAUGUCUUGACGCUUGCGAAACCUCUGCACAACAAGGCGCCGUCGUUUUUCGGGGAGGGGCACUCCUUCACGUUGUCUUGGAAGGAACCGGUCAAGCCCACGCCUGCGCCGCAGGCGCAAGGGGGCAAUACAGGCGGAGGAGGGGCGGCGAAGCGAACCGGGGCCGCUGUGAACGGCACGGUUACCAGUCCCAAUGCCGGUAAGAGGCCGAAGACGGCCGUUGGAGCGCCAGGGGGGCAGGCGCGGCAAGCGGGGAAUGGCGCGGCCAUGGGCGGCGGAGGGCGAGGGCGGGGGAGACCCGGCGGGAGGGGAGCGUGGCGAGGACGUGGUGGCCGUGGCUUUUGGUGAGCGCGGGACAGUAUUGUGAGGGUUAGCGACCCGAUAUCAAUUUCUGUGCUUAUUUUCGUUUUGUCUUCGUGUGACACACCUACGCAGGACCCUCGCAAGCAUGUCAGCCUUUCGGCAAAGCCAAUAGUGAGAAUGACGGCGAGAAGCCUCGUAUGUAACUUUCUUUUGUUCCUUUCUGAAGUAUAGUGGAAUCGUUCCGUUAUGAGCUCUUUUUGAAGCUUUAGUGUAGUAGUUUCUUUUUAAAAUCGAAUAGGAAUGGCGGAAAGUGGGAGGGCGGGUGGUUGCUGUACGGCGAUGGUGGGGCUGCGUAACGGUAAACCGUCAUCGGCGGCUGUACCGUAGUUCUUUCUGUUUUGUUUGCUUGCUUUCCUAAAUUUUAGACAACAAGAGACGGAUGUGUGCAGCGGUGAGGUAUGUGCAGAGAUUACGAAGCAAGUGGAGCGGUGUGGUGCGUGCGGCGAGGUGCGGUGCGGUGAGGUGAGGGAAAGCAGAUGGGGCUGGAGUGUGGGGAUGUUGUGGUGUGGGGUUAGGGAAAGGGUGUGCAUGCACGGACCCCUUGCAGCAGCGGUGAGAAGGAGAGAUGCAGGGAGGGCGAGGACGGGGUUUCUUUCGUCGCUUUCCCAGAUCAAAACAUCUACCUCUCUCUCAAACAGCUUUGUGCCAGUGGUUUCUUGACUUGAAUGUAAAGAAAUGAGGUGACUACGUUGUACGCACACGAUGUCUGCCGAAUUUCGUUGGGUUUCGUUCGUUGCGUCGUUUGUUCCUGUUUGGGUCCCUCGUCGCCUGUCCUCGGUCGAUUGUUAUGCGUUGAUUGUUUUCAUUGUUGUUUUGCAUGCAUUCAAUGUGAUUUUCCCAUUAUUCGCUGUGCUGACAUGCUGUGACAAAACAACCAACCAACGAACCAAAGAGGACUUGCGAGGCUCAUCGAUCACACGAUCGAUCGGUCACAUCAGUUGUGAGUAAUGUACACACGCUGUCGAACCAGUUGUCGGCGGAGCCUAUGGCUGCCGUUACUCUUUACUGGUGUUGUUGGAUUGGAAAUCUGUUACUCGAAUUGUUUCGGCUGUUCAGGUGACUGGUAGCUUGUGUUUGUGCUGUUGUGGGGGGCGGGGUCCCGUCAGCACGUUAACCUCCUGCCUUCAACGCGUAACUCUGGCAGCAUCUGUCAGCACUGGUCUUACUGAUUGACCACCAGGAGGAGGAAGGGCUUGGUAUUUCUGAGUCGUUAGGGUUCACAAGAACCCUUGUCUAUGCUACGGUAGUCUUCCUGUGACUCGUGUGCUGCACGAGGUUCUAAGAAGAUCAAAUGGUACGUUGUUUUACUGAUUGAUCACCACGGGGAGGAAGGGCUUGUAUUUGUUAGUUAGUCGUUAGGGUUCACAAGAACUCUUGUCUAUGCGACGGUCGUCUUCCUGUGACUCGUUUGCUGCACGAGGCUUGAAGAUCAAAUGGACUGGUGUUAUGAGGGGUGGUAAUCUCAAAAGCUGCUUCUUUCGCUUAUACUGUCGAAAAUGGUGAACUCGUUCGUCCAUAGAAAGGAAGAACGUCGUUCGUCGGCUUGUCGUGCCUUUAGGGGAACACGAUAACGCUACUUCCCAUUGAAAACUCGGACGAGACCAAUUGUUCUCAGUAUUCAGUAUUCUUCUAGGGGGUGGGUAUUUCGUUCAUUCAAGUCUCUAACCACCCUCUCUAAGGGAAGUGGUGCGCCGCUGCCCUGUGGAGGAGGCUUGUUGUAUGCUUGCGAUGUUCUUGAUGUGGGCGCAACAGCUGUCGUUAGUGAUUUGCGGGGUUUGGGAAGUGUAUGUGGGGGGGAUUGCGACUUCCGCAAAUCCGCGUAUGGAUCCUCGGUGUUUGAUCGAUUGUCGACCUGCUCGCACUCGUCACUGCUAGCUAUUGGGUUCUCUAAUCCCCCCUUCUGUUUUUAUCGGCAGGGGGAAGGGAGGUUGGUUGUUUCGACAAGGUAGAGAAAUUGCUCUGUUGUGUGGAGCGUUUUAGGGUUUCCUCUUUCGAGUUCCCUUGCCGGCGGAUGGGGGUAAUACAGUAAAAGUGAAAUUUCUUGGCGUUAACGUUAAAUUUUUUCCGUUUCAUGCGAGCAAUGUCAUCUCUUCCGCGUGGCCAGCUGUCUCGGAAAUUAAUUGCGAGAAAGGCGUAGUAGCGGUGGAGGCGCAAGGAUUGUGUGACUCUGUUCUAGGGUUUGCCGAUGUACCGGUCGCAUCAGAAGUCGAGUUCAAAUAGAUUGUAGCGGUCCAAAACUGCACCCGUUCCUUCCACUCCCUAUGGUAAAGCCGCUACGUAAAUCUCCCUCUAUGCCUCCGUGAGGUGCCGGCUGUCGCCGUGCUUUCUCGUUUGUAACGUAAAGUGAGAUGUUUUUUGUUGCCUCCACCGAUGCAUUUUUUGCGGUAAAUGAGGAAGCUGUAGUCCUGUAGUUACUCUUCUGAUAACCGCAGCAGAAAAAGUAGUCGUUCUUUGACGGAGGGCUUGACAAGUUGUGUUCCGAGUUCAGGCGACUAAGUCUCCAGGCCGAAGGAAACGCCGACGCGGCACCCGUUUGUUGGUCAUCUUGUGCCCGCCCUCACCUCUGCAGUCGUCGGAUUUCGAGGCGCCGUUUGUUGAAUCGGCGUGUGGUCAUUCGGGUGGCGUAAUCGCGAUUGCGGCCGAGGGUGGUGGUUGGUCUUGACCAUGUCUGCAACUAUCCGUCGUUGCAUCAGAGCACCAUUUUCAAAUUGAAGAGUGUACGUCAACGAAUCAAGAGAACGAGUGCUUAUUUCUUUGCUAUAGGGUAACAAGGGGAAGAGCGAGCGACGAGCAAGCGGACUAGUUUAGCAGCGUGGACGAUGGAAGAGUCUUUCGCGGAGCACGUUUUGCUGUGAUCGGAAGUCUUUGACGAUAUCGCAAUAAUGGCUGCAUGUUGUGAAGUGUUGCAGUCGUCGUGAAUGAUGCAGGUGCCACCAAGGUAACCUAUGCUGUCCUCCAACACCUCUUCGAAGAGCGCAUAGCAGACAUUCAGCAGCGCAUCCGCCUGGUUCCAAUCAAUGAGGGGAUCGAGUUGAGAAGCUGGCCCCUCUCCCAGUUCCCAGACGAUUGAGCUGAGAAGCUGGGCCCCCUUCCAGUUCCCAGAUGAUCGCCAAAGAUGAGUCGAAAAAAACAAAAAAACAAAACAAAAACAGGGCUGCAUAAAGUGGGUGUGAUGAUUGGAAAGUGGAUCGCGAUCAGAGCUCAUAGGUGCAGAGCCUGCUGCUCCUUGCAUUGGAGUGAAAAUAGGGCUAGCGUGCUGUGUCAGACUUCCCUGACCCUCUCUCUCCUCUCUCUUUUGCUCUUUCUUUUUUUUUUUUUUCUCACAUCCCUUCUAUUUUUUUUUUAUUUUAAAUGUGAACAAGGCUCGAAUCCAUUCCUGGGGAUCAGCACGUGCUCCCUUCAAAGCAUACUUGCGGCGCACCGACCCUGUGCGCUGCGCAGUUGGCCGCGCGCUGUGCGGUGCGCUCAGGGCUGGUGCGCUUGGGGGGUGGGUGCUGGUGGGGUACAAGUGCGCCGGGUGCGCACACCAUUUUUUUAUUUUUUUUAAUUUUACUGUUUGUUUAGGGAUUUAUUUUACUGUUUUUUUUUAUUUUAGGGAGAGAGAGACAGAGAGGUCUCCAAUGUCGCGGGUGGUCUCCUGGUACUUCCAUCGAAACGACGAGCAAAAUCGAGUGAAUCUACCGCUGCAACAUGGAAAUAUACACCGCCAAAUUUGUGUGUGUGUGUGUGUGUGUGUGAGAGAGAGAGAGAGAGGAAACCGUAUGAGAGAGAGAAGAAACUGUGUGCUGACACUAUCGGACCGAAGAAACUGCCCUUAUCAACGGGGAACAUGAAUUCGGAAGCGGGGCGACAUGCACAAAGGACAAAAAAUAUGGCAGUGUAUCUUUCCAUGUUGUGGUGGAGGAUUCAUUCAUACGUUGGGUGGUGGAGAACGAUGGGCCGAUGAAUCCGGUAAGCACGUAACGUAUCUCUGGAAACUUUUUCUUUUUUUUUUGGAGAAUCUCUGAACAAAUGAGACUGAAUCCU